UUUCAGUUUGAAUGCUGGUUUUGCAGAACAAUGGAUAGCUACGACCUUUUAGCGAAUCAGCCUGUAGUCAUCGACAAUGGUUCAGGGACGAUCAAAGCUGGCUUCGCUGGGGACCAGAUUCCUAAAUGCGUAUUCUCGAGUUAUGUAGGCAGGGCAAAGCAUCCACGAGUAAUGAUUCAGCCUGGAACUUUAGAUGCAGAUUUCUUAAUUGGACCAAAGGCAGAAGAACAUCGAGGGCUAUUGACGAUUAAAUAUGCAAUGGAACACGGUAUAGUUCAAGACUGGAAUGACAUGGAAAAAAUUUGGCAGUACAUUUACUCGAAAGAGCAGCUGUCAAUUUUUCCCGAAGAGCAUCCUGUGUUGCUGACAGAAGCACCUCUGAACCCUAGGAAAAACAGAGAACGUGCUGCAGAGCUUUUCUUUGAAUUGUUCAAUAUUCCUGCACUUUUUGUGUCUAUACAAGCAGUACUGAGUCUUUACGCUUCAGGACGCACAACAGGAGUGGUAUUGGAUUCUGGAGAUGGUGUAUCACAUGCGGUGCCAAUAUACGAAGGCUUUGCUCUUCCACAUUCAAUCAUGCGAUCUGAGGUUGCAGGCAGGGAAGUAACCAAGUACUUGAAGCUAUUGCUAAUGAAAGAGGGUCACAACUUUGUGUCUUCCGCUGAAAAGGAAAUCGUUAAGGAUAUCAAAGAAAAGACUUGUUAUGUGUCAUCAAACGCUUCGAAAGAAGAAGUUGACAAACUGACCUAUCAACUUCCAGACGGGACAUCAAUAGACAUACAUAGUUGCCGUCAUCAGGCACCAGAAGCCCUGUUCAGACCGGAUCAGAUAGGAAGUGAAGCGGAUGGUAUUCAUGAGCUGCUCGGGAACUCGAUAGCCAAAUCAGAUUUAGAUUUGCGCAAGACUCUGUACUGUAACAUUGUGUUGUCGGGAGGGACUACUUCGUUUCGAGGAUUCGGCGACCGAUUGUUGAGUGAUUUGAGAAAGGUGUCGCCAAAAGAUGCAAAAAUUAAAAUCUCAGCUCCACGUGAAAGGAUUUAUUCAACAUGGAUGGGCGGCUCAAUUCUUGCAUCUCUUGAUACAUUCAAAAAGAUGUGGGUGUCUAAGAAAGAGUACGAUGCUGAAGGUCUGAGAGUGAUUCACAGGAAGACGUUUUGAAUUGAAUCAACGCAUAUUAACGAAUGAAUCAGACGAAAGAAAAAAAUAGGCUUCUAAUUGCAAAAUAGAUUAGUGUUUUGUUGGGUCGCAGCAGCAUGGUUGGUUGCUCUAAAUGUUAAUUGAAAAUUUAGGUUGGCAGUCACUCUUUCAUAAAUUUAGUUUUCGAAGUGCCUCGUUAAUUAACUAAUGUAAUAUUUUUCUUAAUUUGCUGCUGAUCUGACCCGGCCUUAAUUCUUUUGAACUUGUCCAAUUAAUCACAUCUUUUUUUUUAUUUCAAAUGGUGUCAGUUUCAAAUGAAUUGAAAUUAUAGAAAUGG